AUGUUUCUACGAACACGUACCUUGUGCUACACAGUGCACACCCCGCGCGGCAUCAACUUCGACCUCUCUGCCGACGAUGCAAUCCAUCGCAUCCAGGACAAGUAUGGGCGCCGUUGGUUUGGCGCGCAGCUCGACUACCUCCGUCUAGAGACGCCAUCGAAGGAGUUCUUGCCUUUUUACCUCUGCAGCGGCCGCAUCCACGCCUCCUUCGUCGGCAAUGUGAGCUACAGCGUCAACACGACCUCCGGCGAUGGCAAGAGCACACGCUCCUCCACCCGCUACGUCAGCACGUCCUUGCAGGCCCUUGACAGCGUCUUUGAGGAGAACAAGACGCAAAUCUACGCCGGCUACAAGUACAACAUCGCCCACGUCCAUCACGCGCUGCGCGGCGAUCAGCUCAGCUACUCGCUGCGCAAGAUGUACGAGGUGGACACCACCGGGGCCAUCAUCAACCUCUUCGAGCAGUCGACCGGGACGAUGAUGAAGUUUGUGGAGAUGGAGGUGCGGCAGCAGGCGGAGGAGACCGCGCGCUCCCUCGUCCGGUCCUUCCACCCCUCCGCCGACUCCGUCACCGUGGAGUUUAAGGAGUUCACGUUCCACCUUGACGAUGUCACCCCCACGUUUGUGCCAUGCUUCGUCGUCAAGUCGGAAUACGAGGCGGAGCGCUACACGCUCUACGUGUCGGGCCUCAACGGCCAAGUCGGCGGUCCGUAUCUGCUCAACUCGGUCUACAUAGCCCGUACCACUGCCCUCGCCACCCUGGCCGCCGCUCUGCUCCUUGUGCCGAACAAGGUGGCGGGCUGCUUCUUCGGCUCCGUGGCGUGUGUGGCCACCUACUACGCGGCCUUCUUCGCGGCUCGCUGGUACCCGGUGAUGCGGCGCAACUGGAACCGCCAGAAACGGGAGCGACUGCGCCGUGAUAACCUUGGGCUCGAUCAAGCCGGGUACCGUCCCAACAUCUCUUCCCAACGCAUUCAGCAGGAGUACCGCUCCUCCACCUACUGGGACACCCACGCCUAUCAGCAGCGACGCCACACUGACUCGCAUGGCCCGAGAUCUGCCUCCUCGUCGUCGUCGUCCUCGAGCUUCUCAGCGCAUUCGGUGGCAGACCCGCUCGGGUACUACCGCGCGUUGGGGCUCAACGGUGAUGAGUCGGUCAACGAAAUCCGCAGCGCGUAUCGGCGAAUCGUGCUGAAGCAGCACCCCGACGUGGGCGGCUCGAGUGAGGCAAUGGUGAAGGCGAACGAAGCCUAUCGCGUCCUUCGAGAUCCAAAGCGGCGAGCGGCAUACGACCAGAGUUAA